CGCGACAAGAGCCAAAACGGCCAAAACGCCUGCGCCACUUGCUCUGUGGCCUGCGCCUGCGCAUGAUCAAGACGUAUCGUUGUUUUUACGCGAAAUGAUAAAUAUUUAUCGUUAUUUUCACUUAAACUAAUACUGAUAAUAAUAAGUGAAAAUGCUUGAACAAAGGCACUGUUUGCAAUUUUGUGUUAUUUUGGUGUUUGCCUUGUUAGCGUCAGUGAAUUGUGGCCAAAUACAAUCGACAUGCUGUUCUGCGGAGAAAGGAAUAUUAAUGGAUGGUUUGGAUUAUUGUGAACACCCGACUAAUGGGACUCGAACACCGUUAGAUCUUAAAUGCAAUAAGACGGACCACUUUUAUUUAGAAUACUUUAACAUAUCUCUGGCGGAGGAUGGGUCCCUUGAAAUGAAAGGAGAUAUCAAUACUAGAAUACCGGUAGGAGAGUUCUGCAUAGCAGACAGGACGGUCAAUGAGUCGGAGCCUGUGCUCGUGUUGUGCAAUAUUAAUGAGGAUCCAGUGGAAGAGAACAACGUCAUCCAGUAUUGUAUGGUUAUAUCCGUUGUGUUUCUACUGCUUACUGCUAUUAUCUACUGCUUGUUACCGGAAUUAAGAGACCUUCAGGGGAAGAGUAUUAUAAAUUUCUGCAUAAGUCUAUCAUUAGCUCUAAGUUUGUUUGCCGUGGCAAGACUCGCGCCAGCGGCAGAUUUGGUAUUUUGUUCUAUUCAAUCAUUUUUAGUGUACUUCUUUUUUAUUGCAACCUUCUUUUGGACGAAUGCUAUUUCAAUACAAAUAUUCCUCAGCAUAAGGAGGCCCGUGGUGCAUGAUUAUGGUUGGAAGGUAUUCUCCUUCUAUGCGCUAUACGCAUGGGGAUGUGCUGCCCUUCUCACAAUGUGUUUGGCCAUUGUUAAUUUCCAUCCCGGAAACCACCAGAAACCAGGCAUUGGGAUUUAUACAUGUUGGUUUAAAGAUAAGUACCAGCAGUGGUAUUACAUGUACAGCGUUAUGGCCAUCAUAAUAUUUCUGAACACAGCCAUAUUUAUUUAUACAUCUGUACAUUUAUGGAGGCAGUCAUUUUCGUCGACCCACAUCAAGGCAAUGCGAUACAAAACUGGAAUGACCUUAAAGUUGUGUAUUAUAAUGGGAUUGCCAUGGAUAUUUGAAAUGAUCAGCUCUUUAAUGAAACCCCAUAUCAUUUGGACUAUAUUGGACGUUUUUAACGUCUUGCAAGGACCUCUACUGUUUCUAAUCCUCGUGGUGUUCCGUCGACGAGUUAUCAAGGCGCUGUAUAAGAAAGGUUACCUGGACUGCAUGUCAGGGAUGGUUGAAAAACAUUUGGCGGUCGCUGAUGAUGACGAAGAUAUCGUUGAACAUACUACCGCCUUGGGCUUGGAAGAUAAAUAGAAUCUGAUGGCUUGAGGCAAAUUAUAUAAGAGUUAUGCGACAGAGAAAACAAUAUAUUAUAUUGGUGCAACGAUCGUGGCAAUUGUAAAUGAAUUAUUACAGAUAAAUAAUUGUAUUAAGUGCGUUAAUCUUUCAGAAUCGCAGACUAAGCAUAAAAAAACAGUUUGGAAUUUAUUUGUGGUAGAAAUUUUUGUUGUUUUACAACACGGUGAAGUGAAAGUGACUUCGUCGGAAAUUUAAGGAAUUACCACAUUAUAUUUUUUGUUCAUGCAAUCGAUGUUUACAGAAAUAUAUAUAGGUAUCCACACUAUAGUUAUGUGUUAAUAAACUAAACGUGCGCAUGUGUUUUGGCAAUUAAAAAUAAUUUUUUGCUAUUUGUUAACAGGUGGUUUAAUUUUAAAUCCAUGGCAACAAUAAUAUUAUACAAUAUCUAGUCAAUAAAAGCUAUUUAAACGUUAUGUGCAUAUGAUUUAUAAAUAUUUCUUAAAUCUAAGGCAUUUAAUUGAUAAACUUAAGAUUCGUUGUCAAUAAUUUAAUUUCUACAACAGAAAGAUCUUUUUAUUUAAUAUUAUUAUUUAUAGAACUAAGCAUCUCACAAUUUUAUACUGUAUAUUUUAAUUUUAGAUAUAAGUUAAGGAUAAUGAUCAUGUUCUACACUUAAUAUUGUAAAAACAUGCAGCUAUUAUACAAGUAACUGUUAUUAAAUGUACAUCGUAUACCUUACCUACCUAGGUACUUAUUAAUUUUUUAGUAUUCUUAAUUUAAGAUUUAAUAAUAUUUCCACCGCAUUUGUUUAACAUAAGGAUAUUUUUUAUAAUUAACAAUAAACAAUGUAUGUUUUUAA